UGUCACUCCCACGGUGGCUGGAGACGUUGGAGGGCCCGUGGUUGCGUUUGCCCUAGGUCUCAGCUUGUUGGUGUGGAGGUGGGUUCUGUCGCUCACUCGAUGGUUAGAGAUGUUGGAGGGUCCAAGGUUUCAGAAACCCUAAGUCUGUGGCUUGGGCCGAAGACGUUGUGGGCCCGUGGUUCCGGCAACCCUAGGUGUCCAGCAUGGGACCUUUGGAGGGCCCGUAGUUGCGGCACACCCUGAGUCCCAGGUCCAAGCCAGAGACGUUGCCGGUCCCAUGGUAGUGUCAACACCGAGUCUCAUGUUUCCAUCGGAAAUGUUGCAGGACCUGUGGCGGCAUGAUGAUGUGCUGUGGGUGGUGGUGUUGGUGGGGCUCGAGGGUUUGAUGUGUCGCUGUGACUGUCGUCAGAGUGGGUUUCGCUGCUGGAGUCAUAUUCGACACGUCCCGAGUCAUGUAUGGGCUCCGAGGCCCUUUUGUUGAGCCCGUUGGGCAUGAUGGUGCGGCAGAUGAUGGCUUAAAAGCAGUUGGUGGUGUGCAAGGAAAGGGGCCCGUAGGGGCUGCGCAACCGCAGAACGGUGCUGUGCUUUGCAGCGAACUGAUCGAAAUCAUGUCGCUUGUGGGGUCAGACACGUCGAGGAAUCAGUAGAAGCGCGAGGGCCGUAGGGUGCACAGAGAGAACAUGGUAGCCUCCCACUCCGCUAGGUAGAUGUCGGUGGGGGCGAAUCGCUUGCCCAUCACCACCCCCUUGAUCUGCAGGUAAGAGUCACAAUAGCGAUAGCGAUAGCUCUAACAGCCACAGGAGUCCCUUGUCCGGUCAGCCGGCUUGAGGGUGGCACUCGAGGCAGGCGCCCAUCACGGCCAAGCCCAGCUCCACUUCGAUGUUGGUGUAGAGGCUGUCCACGUCCAUGGUGAACAGGAAGUUGUCGGCGCUCAACCUUGUUGCACCCACCUUGUCCAGAAAGUUGCCCGUGUCCCUGAUAUAGCUGUUAUGCCUCAUCGCCAGCAGGUGUAGGUUGGCGUUUAUCCAUUGGGUCACCCCGUAGGUUUCGCUGCCACAGUCAGAAUUGAUUGGUCUGCCGGGGGGCACCUCGUGAGGCACUGGCGAAGUAGCCGGGUCCUUGUAGAUGUUGGGCAGGAGGUAGAAGCUCCGGGCCUCUCCCCACCAAGUAGUCGACCUUUCGAGGCCGCGGAGUCCCGUCCUCCACCUGCCCUUCGAGCAUACCUCUGAUGAGUUGGUCUUGUGUGUUCCUUUUGCUGCUCUUGCGUGGUUCCACCGGUCCCAUCAUUCAGGUCCCAUCCCCGCCGGUCAGCCCCUUAAGUCCCUCCUCCUCCCCCCGUUGUCUGAGGGUCAGUGUCGAUCAUUCCCUCUCGUAGCGUUGUGAUAGCAGAUGGCGUUUUUCCUUCCUGCAGGGUGACGAGUCAAUUCCUGUCACCUGCGGGUGGUGUGGGUGGUGUCCGUGUUGGUGCUUCCAGUGUUGCCUGUGCCUCUUCGUUCGCCACCUCCUCUGUCUCGCUGCCAGUCAGAGCCCGAGUGAGGGGCGGUAUGAAAGUGCUGUCGUCAUAUGUCAGCCAGUUUCCCUGGAGGCUGGGGAAGAAUCUUGGCGAGAAGGUGUUCUCGUAGCUGUCCGCUAAGUAGAUUUUGCGCCCAGCGACUGCCGAGGUACCAGGCCUCUCGCCAGUUGGUGCACUCUGUCUGUACGAUGAGGGUCGCUGUUCCUCUGCCCUGUAGUACCUCUCCAUCACCUCGGUUUACCUCUGCUUAUUAUAUUUAUUUGACACUGUCAAUCAAUGAAAUACGAAUUAAUAGAAUGGGCUUGGAAGCUCUAACCCUGGUAAUUUGACACUCACAAUGGCUUCCUGUGAUGUAAUAAUUACCAUGGUAAUGUAGAACGUUCAUUCAAAUGAUGCUAACUGAUGUGGCUCAUGCAAUGGAAUGUAUUUUUUUUGUAAUGUCAUUUGAGUUGAUUCAACAAAUCACAACACAUAUUGAUGGGUACACUUCCUGCCUUUACUUCCUGCUUUGCGCUUAUGGGUACACUCGCAUUGGCCGCCAGUCCACCCGUUAUGCCAUCAUUUACUUGAAUGGGGACACCUGUUCUAUUCAUUCUUAUGUCUAUGGGGUCAAUGCUCAAUAUCUCUGUAAAUGUGCCAUUACAUGAAUUACAUGAACAAAGGGGGAAAAGAAUAGUGGUGGAAAAAGUACCCAAUUUUCAUACUUCAGUAAAAGUAAAGAUAUCUUAAAAGAAAAUGACUCAAGUAAAAGUCACCAAGUAAAAUACUACUUCAGUAAAAGUCUAAAAGUAUUUGGUCUUAAAUGUACUUAUGCAUCAAAAGUUAAAGUAGAAAUCAUUUUAAAUGUUUUAUAUUAAGCAAACCAGACAGCAAUUUUCUUUUUUAUUUUAUUUACGUAUAGCCAGGGGCACAGUUCAACACAAUUUACCUCGAAACAUUUGUGUUAAGUGAGUCUGCCAGAAUAGACGCAGUAGGAAUGGCCAGGGAUGUUCUCUUGAUAAGUGUGUGAAUUAGACCAUUUUACUGUCCUGCUAACCAUUCAAAAUGUAAUGAGUACUAUUUGGUGGGAAAAUGUAAGGAGUAAAAAGUAGAUUCUUUUCUUUAGGAAUGUAGUGGAGUAAAAGUUGUAAAAAAUAUAAAUAGUAAAGUACAGAUACCCCAAAAACAACUUAAGUAGUACUUAAAAGUAUUUUUACUUAAGUACUUUACACCACUGGAAAAGAAGGAGAUGUGAGAUGGCCAUAGAAUGUUGCAUUGUUGCAUCACCAGCUGUGGAAUCCCCCAUUACUCUAAGCUCUAGAUUGCCGAUGAUUGGAAGUACGGAAUCACAGAACUCAAAUGUGUCACAAUGGACCAGAAGGUAUUAAAUCCUGUUAAGAUGUUCUGUGGCUUCACAUUCAGAAGAACCUCCCCUGCUCUUGACCUGGCUUGCUGCUCUCCCUUGCAAGCAGCAUGUCCUCAGCAGCCUGUGUUUCGGAGAACCCAAGGCAAAGCCCUUUCACCCCAGGACGCUACCCAGACAUACCCAUGUCUCCAACUGCCCUCUCUAAAGGCGACACACUGAGUUGCCAGGAUGGGCUCUUCACUAAACUUGCUAGCCAAUCGGCGGAGUCCUCCAGCGUGACAUCAGGGUCAUGUGACCUGAGCAGGCAGAUCAUGUCCCAGUUGGAGUGCUACCUGUCCAAUGAACACCUGGCAGAGGACGGCUUCCUGCUCAAACACGUCCAGAGGAACAGGAUGGGAUACGUCAGCCUCAAGCUGCUCACCUCCUUCAAAAAGAUGAAGGAGCUGACGAGAGACUGGCGCAUCACCCUGGCCGCAGCGCUGUGCUCUGAUUCGCUGGAGGUCAACAGGGAACGGACCAAAGUGAGGCGCAGAGAGCCUCUGCCUGAUUGGCUGUUGAGUGCCCCCAACAGCAAGCUGCUACUAGCCUGGAACCUGUUUGGGGAAAACACAGGAAGUGACAUCACUACCCUCAGCAGCUUGGACCAGCAGGUAGUCCUAGAGAAAGCUCUGAAGCUGUUCAGUGUCCAUGCUGCCGUGGCCUCUCUGCGUAUCCUCCGUCCUGGGAAAGAGCUUCCUGUGGAGCUGAGACGCCAUGCCAGGAGGCAUGCCGAGCUGGGCCGCAGGACGUGUGCUGUGGUGGAGUUUGAGACCCUGGAGGGGGCCAGGUUGGCCUACCGAGCCCUGCAGAGAGGAGGAACAGAGGGGGCCGUGGUUUGUGUCGCCAGCCUGGGCAGCCCUGGCACGCGCUCACCCCCCUCCUCCUCGUCCCAACCCACCAACCGGCCGGCGAAGAAGGAGGGUGAGGAGGACCCCAAGCCAGAUCGAGGCCCCGAGGUGACUAAGGUGUCCCAGAAAAAUCCCAAGGUGAAAUCUAGAUGUUUCACCAACAGCUCCCUGAAGGAUCCAGUCCUGUCUAGAUGUUUCAUAAACAACUCUAUGAAGGAUCCGGAACUACUGAAGAGCUUAGAGUCUGACCCUGCCCCGGCCAAGGCCACAGUCCCAACCCUGGGUUCAGCCCCAGCCAGGCUUUCAUGCAGAAGGAUCCAGCGCCGUAAGUCCCUGGACAGCCCCCUGGGCCUGGAGGGUCAUUGCCAAACAUCACAAAGGGAUAGGCUCUCCUCCUCGGACAGCCAUGCGUCCCGCGUCCCCCUGGUCCAGUCUAAGCUCCGUGGCUCAAGGUCUGGAGGUGUUGGAAGGAGCAGGUGCUCUGGGGACCAUGCACAGGAGAAGGUGGCUUGCCCCUGGGUGCAGCACCAGAAGGUGGCUGCUAGCGCGGCCCUACUCCACCCGGAGACCCCGGGCAAGCUGCGGAGACAGACUCUGCCCCUGAGGGUGGUGCGUCUGCCCCAAGGACCCUACGGUACCAAGGGCUUCUAUGGAGGCAGGGGGAGAGGGAAGCUACCUCAGCAGCAGUAAUCUGUCUGUCUAUUUAACGACAAACCUCUUCUGGAUGACACCCUGUCUGUCCCUUUAAAUGUUUCGACUGAUGAAAUUAAAUAUAUUGUAGUGACCAUUGUUGCCAUGAUAACAAAAAAGUUAAGUAAUCGAAACGAAAGCGAAAUAAAACAUUUUUCAUAUUAAACACACAGUAUUUGUUGUGAAAUACCUGUAAGAGCUCUCCAUGAGAGCAUUUGCUGAUGUCUGUGCUAUUACUCUGUUAUUCACUGACACUCUUGAUGUUGCACCAGAUCUGGAACCAGGGGC